AUGCCCCUAACGGCGGAGUAUACAUGGGCAGAGUCGGAGACCAUAAUUCAAGUACAAGUGCCGCUGAAGGGACAAUCAGCAUCCAAACUCGAUGUCUUCGCGACCGAAUGUUACCUGAAGGUAUCUUUUCCGCCGUACCUUCUGGAGGUGGAUCUUGACGGGUACAUCGAUUCCAUGCAGCCGAAGGCCAGGGUGGAGAACGGCACCCUCAUGAUCAAAGCAAAAAAGAAGGAGGGCAGCGCCAGAUUGUGGGGAUCCUUAGGUCAACGUGUCAGCCGCAAGUGCGAUCCCAAGGUCAAGGCUCGUCGCGAGGAGUCCAUCAAAGAGAAACACAAGCUGGAGGACGAGCUCAAGGAGCGCGUGAGCCUUAGAAGGCACCAGGAUGAGCGCUUGGCAUUGCGCAGCCAAAUGAGCGUGGAGGAAGAUGAAAGGAGGCGAAUCGACGACAUCAAGGCCGAGGAAAAGGAGAAAGCGGAGGCAGAAGUGUACCGGGCUUUCGCGCAGCUGGCCGCAAAGCAAAAUCGAGGAGAUUCCGCGGGAACCGAAGCGCAACCAAAAGAGGCGCGGAGCCAGGGGCGUCACCAACAAGACAAGUUCACGCUGCCGCCGAGCUCAACUUGUUCCCCGAGAGAUCGGCUUCAUACAAUCGUUGAGGGAGUUUCCGACGAACAUAGUCCUACUCCCGAGAUUAUGGCUCCUGCGUAUACCGCUGCUACAAAGGUCGAUGCCGGGAACUCCAUUUGGCAGGAGGAAACUGCCACCAUCAAAGACGGAGACAGAGGCUACCAGGAAGCCGACGGAGAAAGUGAACGCAGCGGUAGCACAAGCGCGACCGCUGAGUCGUCGUGGUCGUCUGUAGAAUUUACCCAGCAAGACGAACAAGAAGAACAGCAGGGCGAUAAAACUGACGCCCAGCACAGCGACGAGGACGAGACCCCAGUGAGCUAUACGCCGGCGCCGAGGACGUCGGUCGGGGUCAUUCCCGUUGGGUUUACCACGCGGCUGUUCCCGACUCCGCUGAGGGAGUCAAAGGUGGCCGACGAGUCAGCGUGGAUAAUGAAGAACCGCCGGCACCUCCACAAGAACCACGCGCUAGUGGGUAGGCUGCCCGCAGCGGGUUCAGGCUCAGCGGGGGUUGGCGGAGGAGACAAAGAUAUACCGGAGAGCGACCCCGUCUGGCUCAAGGGUAAGGGCGACGACCUCUACCGGGGGGGCGACUUCCUCGGGGCCGUGAACGCCUACACCGCGGCGCUCGACGCCGAUCCCAGGGCCGCCGCCUGCCUCUCCAACCGCGCCGCCUGCUACCUCCGCCUCAGCGGCUGCAACAGCAGCAGCCACGACCAGCGCCGACGACACGCUUCGGCGUGCGUGGCCGACUGCGGGGCCGCCCUCGAAAUCCUCCGGGCGCUGCCCGAGACCGGGCCAAGCCAGGCGAGAGCGCUCGCGCGCCGCUCGCUGGCCUACCGCGAACUGGGGCACUACCAGUCCAGCCUCGAAGACUGUCGCGCCGCGCUGCUGUUCAGCCCGGGGGAUGCGGCGCUUCUCGAGGAGGCAGCCCAGGGGGAGCCGCUGGCGCAGGCCGAGCGGUGCAAGAAGGAGGGUGCCACUCGAUUUGCCGCCGGCGACGUUCGCGGCGCGUGCGAGCUGUACACGACGGCCCUCGAAGCGGUGCCGGGCUUCCCGCCCGCGCUGUCGAACCGGGCCGCGUGUUACCUCGCCCUCGGGAAGCCGGGCGAGUGCGUGCGCGACUGCACGGCAGUCCUGGAGAUGCUCUCCGCUUCAGACACGGACCUUUUAUCUCUCCUUUGCGACGACCACGACCACAACCAUCAACACCCUAUUCCAAGAGCAGGGAGCAGCCCGACCGAAAGUGCUGCUCCCGUUGAAAACGAAAAGGAACAAGAGCGGGCCUCACCAUUCCCAGCGACAGCGGCGGCUGAUAGAACUCCUGCUUCGCCGCCGCCGCCGCCGCCGCCGCCUGUUGGGUCAUUACCCCCACCGGGGUCAGAGAAGCGCACAAAAUGGGUGAUGACUACGGUGGCGCGGCGAGCGAGGGCAAACCUGCAGCUGGACAACGUUGAGGGUGCCCUGCGGGACUUCCGCACGGCGAACUCGAUCUGCCCGGGCAACGAGGGCGUCGAAGAAGACAUCCGAGAGCUGGAGCGACGCAUUAACGAAGCAUAA